GAAGGGCUGGUGGCAGAGUGUGGAGGCGCAAGGAGAACGUGCCUUGUGUGAGGAACUCCACUGCCGCUGCCUGAGGUAGCGCCGCUUGGGACCAAUGGGAGGUCAACAUUCAAGCCAGCACAGCAGAGAGAGGCCUCGGAAGGCCAGGAACCGUGGUGGUCAGACAGCGGGUGUCUUAGACGAUGAGAGCAGCAACCUGCGGCAGCAGAAACUCGACCGGCAGCGGGCACUACUCGAGCAGAAGCAGAAGAAGAAGCGCCAGGAACCCCUCAUGGUUCAGUCCAACGCGGACAGCAGGGCCAGAGCCCGCCGGGCCAAGCAGUCGGAGGAGCAAGCCCCCCUGGUGGAGUCCUACCUCAACAGUAACAGCAGCGCUGUCUUCCACGUGCAGGAGGCUGAGCAGGAAGACAUAAAGGUGGGAGUGGAGCCCCCAGCACCCAAGUCGGCCAAGAGAGCCAAGGCGGCGGCAGCAGUGGCCGGGGCCGGGGCAGCCGGAGAUCAGACUGGCGGAGCCAAGAAGGACAAAAAGGGGAAGCACAAAGGCAUCGAUGGGCCGGCCACCGCAUUCCAGGACGAGGGGCAGGAGGCCGGAAGCCGCGUCCACAGCCUCAGCCAUGAUGAGGAAGAGGAGAGCACGGCCAUUGGGGCCGGCCAGCAGCAGCAGCAGGAGCAGAGCAAGCAGGACCUCCAAGUGACAAUGCAGAAGAAGGGUAUCUCCAGCAGCAUCAACUUCGAUGAAGAGGAGGAUGAGGAGGAUGAAGACAGUUCCAGCUCCUCCCAGUUGAACAGUAACACCCGCCCGGGCUCAGCUGCAAGCAAGAAGUCCAGCAAGGAGGCUGCGUCGGCCCCCAGCCCAGCGGCUACGGAGCCGGCCGUGGACGUGGAAGACCUGGAGGAGUUCGCACUGCGGCCUGCCCCGCAAGGCCUCACCGUCAAGUGCCGAAUCACCCGGGACAAGAAGGGGAUGGACCGAGGGAUGUUCCCUACUUACUACCUCCACCUGGAGAGGGAGGAUGGUAAAAAGGUGUUUCUCUUGGCUGGAAGGAAGAGGAAGAAGAGCAAAACCUCCAAUUACCUCAUCUCCGUGGACCCCACGGACCUGUCCCGAGGCGGGGAGAGCUUCAUUGGAAAGCUCCGGUCCAACCUCAUGGGGACCAAGUUCACCGUGUACGACAAUGGUGUCAACCCUUCGAGGGCCUCAUCCGGCUCAGACACCAGUUCACUGCGCCAGGAACUUUCUGCUGUCUGCUAUGAGACGAACGUCCUGGGCUUUAAGGGGCCUCGGAAGAUGAGCGUCAUCAUCCCCGGCAUGGACAUGGACCACCAGCGAGUGUCCAUUCAGCCCCGCAACGAGCAGGAGACGCUGCUGGCGCGGUGGCAGAACAAACAGACGGACGGCGUCAUCGAGCUGCACAACAAGACCCCCGUCUGGAACGAUGACACCCAGUCCUACGUGCUCAACUUCCACGGGCGCGUUACCCAGGCCUCCGUCAAGAACUUCCAGAUCAUCCACGACAACGACCCUGACUACAUUGUGAUGCAGUUUGGGCGUGUGGCGGAGGACGUGUUCACCAUGGACUACAACUACCCGAUGUGUGCCCUGCAGGCCUUCGCUAUCGCCCUGUCCAGCUUCGAUAGCAAGCUGGCCUGUGAGUGACCGGCCGUACCGGCCUCCCCCUUCUCCCCUCUGACUGCCGCCACCCCUUCCCUCCCCCCAACCACAUCGACUGCUUCCGGGUGCCCGGAGGACGAUCCCAGUCCGGUUUGGGACCUGCCGAGGCCCCAUGGACGCCGCCCGGGCCAGUGGAGUCCGGGAUGUCCUGGGUAUCCUAGAACGGUGGGUGACGCCCUCCCUGUCUCUGCCUUGCCUCACACGGAAGCCGCGAGCCGCCGCCAGUGGGACCGGGGUUGGAAAUAGAUCCUUGGCCUGUUUGUGUCCAUGCCGAGCCCCACGGGUGCCCCCCAGCUGGGAUCCAGGGGCGUCGGGUCCGGUUCUGACUCCGCCGUCUGCAGUCUUGCCGUCGGGUAAGAGCAGAGCCUCAGAUCUGUGAGCGCUGUCCCUUCAGUGGCACCAGCAGUCCUGGGACCAAGCUGGGGUCAGUUUGGACUGACCUUGGGCCACGGGCAGGUGCCUUCUGUUGGUUGGCUGAUGUGAGGCUGGACCCGGGAAUGGAUGGCAGUAGGGCUGGCGCUGAGGCUGGUGCUGGGAUUGAACUGUGCAAGAAAGAAGGCGGCGAAAGCACAAAAUCACAUUGCACAAAUCACUUGUCACCUGAGGCGUCACUUUCUCAACUAGGCCUCUCCCGCCUGCUUUGAACGUCCGUUUCAGACGGAAGCAGACCUGUCAUGGGGCAGCAGGGCUAGCAGGGGCACCUGGAGAGGCCUGCUUGGGGAGGAUUUUUGGGGACCGAUGGGGUGAGGGAGGUCGAUGUGGGGUGCUGGCCUCCUCUGGGAACUGGCUCUCGGCAGCUUCGUAGGCUGAGAACAGGAAGGAAGGCGUUCUGCUGUCCUGGGUGGGGCCGCUUGGAGGGUGGGGGUCUGUGGGCUGCGUGAGAGGGGUCCAGAGCAGUGGCAACUGUGCAUCCUGAGGGCCCCUGCAUCCCAGCCAGGACCCGGGCCAGAGGUGCCACUCCCCUGGACCCGGCCGGCUGCUGGGCUCUGCUGCCUCAUCAGAGACCCGCUUGCUGAGGGCCACACCCUAGCCCGAAACCAUCCGGGGUAGCCGCUUUCCCCAGGUUUGGAUUUUCAUCUUGGUUUACUGAAGGCCCUGUGACCAAAACCCUUCUCAGGAGAGUGGGAUGGUGCCCCUGCCUCCCCCAACCCGUGCCCCCAUCCGUGCCCCAACCUGCCAGGGCUGGCCCCUGAGAGAAGUGGCCCUCCAUCCUGCCUCCCACUCCAAGGGUGGCCACUGUGACCUUCAUACGUAACCUGGGGCCGUCCUCCUGGACCCACCUCGGCCCCGCCCAGCCAGAAAGCUGCUCCAGACAUAGUUGGAAGUUGUGACCCUGGGCGGUCUGGGGCCAGUGCUGGCCACAGUUCAGCUUUUUGGCUAAAAUCCCUUGUUUUAGUGCGGUGGCUCUGGAAGCGUCCCCUCUUCCAGGGCCCUGCUCCCACCUCGCCUGGCAGAAGCUGAUAAAGAGGGUCCCGACCCCCGGUAACCCCCAGGCAGGGAGACGUGGGCCAAGGUGGCUCUCCUCAGCCCAGCCCGGCCCAAGGAAAACAUCCCAGUGGAAAACCUUUUUAGGAAGAAAAGAGAAAUCGCCACUUUGCUUUUUUAAUGUUCCAUUUUCUAUGUCAGCAUAGGGCUUUGGGGACAGAAACCAAAUAGAGUAGGAGAAGAGGGCUCAUCUCGGACUCAUCCCAGACUCCUAGCUCCAUUCAGAGAAUAGCAAACCUCAACUCUUGGCCCCUUUUUCUCCCAAAUUCUCUUCCCAGGUGGCUUCUAGUUGGGAGUAAACUCCCUUCUUGCUCCUCUCAACCCCAGCCUGCCCACCCCCAUGCUGUUCAGACAAUCUUGUCUCCAUGAGAGAAACCACCCUUGGGCUCAGCAAGGCAGCCGUUCUGCCCCCUUGCCCCCGGUCUCCCUAUCCCCAUGAGUCUGAGGAUCCAGGCCUCAGCCUCCCUUGGGCUACCCACACCCCUGCGCACCCCGUGGCCGGUUCUGGGCCAAGGGCUUUUCCCCUCACCCCCAUUUCUGCCUGUACCCACCCCCUCGUCCCGAAGGAUCGGCCCAACUGUGGGGGACAGGGAGGGCCGUGUCACCUUUCUAGCAAAGACUUGCCUCCCACCGAUCCUCACUCAGCCUGUCAGCGGCUGGAUCCGGGCCUACUUCUCACAGUCCAAGCAACUAGCUUAGCCCAAGCCCCUUGAUUCUUUUUCCAAAGAAGCAUCUCUCAGCCUGUCCCCUGGCCUCUCCCCAUGCCCCCCACAUCUGUCACUCUGAUUCUGCCGCUCGCUCGGACUCUGGCUGGGGUUGAUCUGGGCCCAACCCGCAGGAAGCACCGGGAACCACCAAUGCAGUUUAUACGUUGGAGUCCAGGCACACAUUGGCCCAGUUGGAGUGUGAGGGACAGUCACUGCUACAGGAGAAUAAGCAUUUUUCUCCUCUUCCUCCUCCUCUUCUUCUCCAUUGCUUCCUAAGGAGGUGGGGAAUAGAAGAAAGUGGGCGGAAGUGGGGCACUGCUAGGAUGGGCCAGGUUGCCAACUUGUACUUCCCAAGCACUUAGUACAGUGCUCUGCACACAGUAAGCGCUCAAUA